AUCUAUCCCAAGAUGUCUCAACUAAUGAAUGCUCAUGACCGGAGAAAUGAGCCCGCACCGAAUGCCCCGCCAGAAUUCCAGCUCCAAAAUCGAACCCGUCCUGCUCCAACACCUAUUGAAUACAUCACAUUGUCAUCGGAUGACGAGAUUGAAGUGAUUCCACCACCGCCAAAACGAGCAAAGAUGAUGGAAGAGCAAAAGCCAAAGGAUUUACUGGAGAAUCCUCAACUCCCAGAAGUUCCAUCAAGUUCGGCGAGUUUUGUGAUACCACAAAUAGUAGUCGACAAUGAAGAAGUGCCAGAGGAUCCUAGAAUGAAAACUCCGUCACCUAUUCAGGGAGCUUCAGUUGCCAUGCCUGUUCGAGCUCGGAUUCAAGAGUCUCCGAAGGUCUCUAGAGAUCCGACUCCGCUGAGCAGGGCAUCUUCCGUGGUCAUUCCAGAAGUACCUGCCGUUUCAGAGCCGGAGCCUCUUCCAGUGGAGGUCCUAGCCAUCUCUAUUCCAACGACAUCUCCUGACACAGCUCCAUCCACAAGUUCUUCUGUAGAGACUGUGGAAUCAGUGACUGAGGUAGUCGCUAUCUCAUCUGCAGAAGCUUCAUCCGAUGCUCCUGCUCGUUCACCUCUCAAGAAAAAAGUCGCGAAUUCUGUAAAACCAGUUGUUCUACCGUCUCGGAAAAGUACUCGUAACAAGAAGGAUAUGAAUCAGAUUAAGGAGGAUGAAGAAUUGGUUUCCAACUUUAACAAUGGAAUCGGUGUUAUUAGCCGCGGCACAAUUGUCCCCAGAGGACUCUCCCGUACACCUUUCCACUUCAAGAAGGAAGCAACCGAUGAUAAAGCUGGAAAAGUGAAGGAUAUGCUAAAAAUCGAUAUGCAACCGGUUUUCACACCCGCCGGACACUCUUCCAAGGAUCUAAUAAAACGAAAAGCCAGAAAUUCGCUGGAACCUUCGACAUCUGACGCUGACAUCAGCUUUAUGAAGAAUGAACGAGGAAAGAUUCGGACUGGAGAAAAGUUUCAGGCUACGAUUCCAGAUAUUGAGCCGUCUUCUACAUUAACCGAAUAUAUGGAUCAAGAGGACAAGGAAGAGAUCUUUUGGGAGACAUUGGAUAUGGAUAAGGACAAUCUUGAAGAAUCGAAAAAGUUCCACGAAACUCUUCGAAAUGUCUACUGGAGAGCGAUCUGGCGUCAAUUUCAGGGCCAUAUUCCAUUUGAGACGGCUCUUCAGCAUUUGAUGAAGAACAAUUUGGAUUUUGCGCAAAGUUUGGAGACAAUCGAUGAGAAUCUGAAAAGUCUUCCGCAGAGCUUCAAGGAACCAUGUGUGGCACAGGUGAAGAUAUUCGACAAGUUGUUGCAGGAUAAGAAGACGACGAGAAGGCAGUUACAGGAGAAAGCGAUGCGUAACUACCACAUUGCCGAGGUUCAACAGUACCACUACCGCUUCCGAAAAUUCUUCAAAUACCAGGAAAAGUAUGGAGUCGUCUGUAAUUGUGCGGAAAAACUUUGCAACAAUCUGAAAUUCGAGCCAAGAUAUGGAUGCACAAAUUGCAAGAAAAAUGUGAAAUCGAGCUCUGAUCAUGGUGCAACGGAGAAGCUUUGCCUGAUCUGUCAGACUUAUCAGAAGUUGACUGGAAAUGUACGGCCUGCUAGAAACGUUGAAUUUUGUGAUGAUGAGCUUGAGAAAAUCUAUCAUUGGUCUCAAAAGGAAGAGGAUUUGAAUCGGACUUUGAGCAGAGAAGAAUUCGAGGAACUUGUUCGAGAAGAGAAGAAUAAAAAGUGGAAGAAUAACGAUUUAUCUGCUGAAGAAACCGCAAUGCUUAAUCAAAAAGAGCUCCGGAUCCCCAAUCGACGGCACAGAACUCAUCUUUCGGAUCAAGAGAAACAAGCAAGAGGCGAGAAGAUUUGUGCUCAACUACAACCAUACGUGCUUCCUCAUUUCUCGAAAUGUAACUGUAAGAGGAUGGGAAGAAGCUCGUGGAGAUGUGAAACUGAAGGAAAAAGCUCGUUUAGUAUACAGGAGAGGAAGGAUUAUUUCCGUGAAGUGCGAGAUUGCAAAGGAGACUUACAGCAAGUUGCGAGGAAUUUGAAAGUUGCGCCAGAAGUUGUCAGGGCAUUUAUCAAUAUUUAUGGGAUUGAAUAUGAUUUGGAAAUUUACUUCCCGAACAAAAAGCUGCCAAAUUUGAUUCCAAUUGUCUAUGACAUUCCUCCAUCCAACCUUCCACCAAUCAUUCCUGAUGGAUCAUCAAACAGUAGUUCUAGAGACGGAAGUCCAUAUAUUCCACCAGAAGAGAGAUCACCCAAGAAACGAAGGUCUAAUUAGAGUUGUACAUUUUCAUUUUUCCCCGAUUAAAUUUAUAAUUUCAUGCUCAGGUACUCAAGCUUUUCCCCAUACUUUUUCCCAUUCCACACCCCCUGCUUUACAAUAUCCAUCACACUUUUUCUGGUAAUUUUUUUUUCUAAAAUUCAAUAUUUUCGGUUUCCUCCCAUCCCCCACACGUGACACUUUUAUACUUGUUCUAUCUGAUUUUUUUGCUCAUUUUUUUAAAAGUAAUUGCGAUUGUUUAAUUUAAAUAUUGCUUCAUUCUUAAAAAUUUAAAACAAAAAUAUUUUUACGGUUUCAAGUUGCUGGUAUUUUCCCAUAUAAAGUUUAAGACGGCUA